AUGCAGCUUAAAUUCGUAAAAACAAUUUUAGAGAGUCAACCUCAACUUUAUCGCAUUGCAGGUCUCGCAUGGGCUCCAAACAACAAUAAACUCGCCGUUGCGACUGCGGAUCGUUUAAUUCUCCUCUUUGACGAGCACGGAGAACGUCGCGACAAAUUUUCCACAAAACCAAGUGAUCCAGCGAACGGAAAAAGCUCUUAUGUCAUUCGAGGUUUGCAAUUUAGCCCGGAUUCGAGUCGAUUAGCUGUCGCCCAAAGCGACAAUAUUGUCUACGUUUAUCGCUUGGGCGAGUCAUGGAACGACAAAAAAGUGAUUUGCAACAAAUUUCCGCAACCUUCCGUUGUGAUGUCGAUGAUUUGGCUCAACGGAGGUCUGAUAAUUGCCGGUUUGGAAGACGGAAAAGUUCGAGCGUUGCAUUGCAAAAACAAUAAAUCGCAAACUUUGUAUGGAACGGAGAGCAUGGUAAUCGCUUUGGCAUCAAAUCCACGCGGAACAGGCUUUUUGUCGGGACACGAAGAUGGUUCAGUGAUCAGAUUUUUCAUCGCCGAUGAGCCUGGAGAGCCUUCGGGAAAACUUUUGAAUCACACUUGCGGUCCUUUUGCUCUCGCAUGGCUUCAAGGAGGCAUCGUAGCUGCGGGUUGCGACAAAAAAAUCCAUUUUUACGACUAUUUGGGGCGCGUUGCUCGCGUCUUUGAUUACUCCCGAGACGACAACGAGCGAGAAUUUAUGACAGCAACUUGUAGUCCAAACGGGCAAUCUGUGGCGUUGGGAAGUUACGACAGAAUUCGCGUUUUUACGUGGUCUGCGAGACAAAACACGUGGUCAGAAACGGUAAAUAAGGAGAUCAAGAAUUUGUAUUCCGUGACGACGAUCGCUUGGAGACGAGAUGGCGCGAGAGUUGCUGUUGGAUCUGUUUCGGGGGCAGUUUUGAUGUUUGAAUCUGUGCUGAAAAGGACAAUUUGGCAAGAUAAAUUCGAAAUUACUUUCGUAGCGCCGAGUCAAGUGUUGAUGAAAUCGUUGCAAAAUACUUCGGCGCCCUUGAUGAUUGAAUCGCAACUUGGAUUGGAAAUUGAUGAUGUUCGAGUAAUGGGCAAAGACAGCUAUUUAGUAGCUCGUACGGAAGAAACUUUAAUUUUGUGCGAUUUGACGCGCAAUCUCACGAGUGAAGUCCCUUGGAUAGCAACAGGCAGACAUGAACGUUUCUACUUUGAGAACCCCAAUGUUUGCCUGAUAUUCAAUGCAGGGGAAUUAUCUCUCGUCGAAUAUGGCUCAAAUUUCAUUUCUGGGUCAGUUCGCAGCGAAUUCGUCAAUCCGCACGUCAUUUCUGUCCGAUUAAAUGAACGAGGAAACACAAAAAACAACAAAAAACUCGCCUAUUUAUUAGACAUGAAGACAAUUUCCGUGAUGGAUUUGAUGACGCAAUCGAUAAUUGUUCAAAUAAAUCACGAUUCCAAGAUCGAUUGGAUCGAAUUAUCGGAGACAGCUCACAAACUUCUCUUCAGAGACAAGAAAAUGCGCUUGAUUUUAGUCGAUGUCGCAACUUCAAAAAAGCAAACGUUACUCGGAAAAGCUUCGUUCGUGCAAUGGGUCAUCGGAAGUGACGUCGCCGUUGCCCAAAGUGACUCAAAUCUCGCUGUUUGGUACAACAUCGACCUUCCGGAGCACGUAACGAUCAUGAGUGUUCGCGGGGAUGUCGUCGAUGUCAUUCGCGAAGAUGGAAAAACUGAAGUUCAUACACGCGAAGGUCCCGCCGAACACGUUUAUCAACUCGACGAAGGCUUGGUAGAGUUCGGAACUGCCGUAAAUGACUCGGAUUUCGGUCGUGCGGUGCUUUAUCUCGAAUCUCUGGGCGACAAACCAGCUGCUAAAGCAAUGUGGCAUAACUUGGCAAACAUUUCUUUGGCUCAACAAAAUUUACGGGUUGCCCAAAGAUGCUUCGCAGCACUCGGAAAUGCCUCAAAAACGUUCUAUUUGAGCGAAACUAUCAAAAUUGGGGAGAAAUUUGAACAGGAAACAGGUCAAAGUAGCAUGGCAUGUCCCGAAGUUCGUGCCCGGUUGGCAUUAUUGGGCGGCGAUUUGCGUUCCGCGGAGCGAAUUUACAUCGAACAAGGCGAUAUCGAGGCAGCGUUGAAGAUGUACAUCGAUUUGCGACGAUGGGAUGACGCCAUAAAGCUCGCCGAACGUCGCGGGCAUCCCGAAGUUCAAGAUUUACGUGACAAACAAAUGGCUUAUUUGCUGAAUUCGGGUCAAGAGGAGAAAGCAGGACAUGUUUUGGAGGAAAGAGGCGACAAAGAUAAAGCCAUGAGUCUUUAUUUGAAGGCAAAUAAGCCCGCAAAAGCAGCGAGAUUGGCUCUAAAAACGCCUUCUUUGCUCCAAAAUGACGAAUUAAUGGCGCGCGUCACUUCAGCCUUGAUAAAAUCCGAAAUUUACGAACUUGCAGGCGAUUUGGCGCAAAAAAUAUCUCAACCCGAGAACGCAGUUUCACUUUAUCGCAAGGGAGGAGCUUACGCAAGAGCUAUUGAACUCGCUCGUCACAUCACACCCGACGAAGUUACGACUUUGGAAGAAGAAUGGGGCGACUGGCUUGUCUCAAAACGUCAACUUGACGCCUCAAUUAGUCAUUAUAUCGAAGCUGCUGCCACAAAUAAGGCCUUAGAAGCUGCUGUCGGGGCAAAACAAUGGCGCAAAGCCGUUCAAAUCGCCAAAGUUCUCGAUGAACCCGAAGAAAUUCGCAAAUAUGCGCCCGAACUCGCGGAGCAUCUUUCCCAAAUUGGCGAUUUAGCGACGGCGGAAGACAUUUUGUUGCGUGCCGAGCUCUACAGAGACGCCAUUGAACUGUUGAAUAAGCACGGGCAAUGGGAAAAAGCCUUUGAUAUUGCGGAAAAAUUUCUCAGCAACACCGACGACGUGCGUGAUAUGUUUUUGGAUCUCGCAAAAUCCUUGGAAGCGAAGCAAAAAUAUCGAGAUGCGGAGAAAAUUUUUAUUACAAUCGGAGAACCUGAUCUCGCGAUUCAGAUGUACAAAAAUUUGGAAAUGUACGAUUCGAUGAUCCGAUUGGUCGAGAGAUAUCACAAGGAUUUGGUCGAAAGUACGCAUUUGAAUUUGGCGAGGCAGUUGGAGGGUAAGGCAAAGUAUAAACAAGCUGAAGUGCAUUUUAUAGCAGCGAACGAUUGGAAAGCGGCGGUUCACAUGUAUUGUCUUGCUUCGAAAUGGGAGGAUGCGUAUCGCAUUGCCAAACAAAAAGGCGGCGAAGAUGCCUCAAACCAAGUCGUUUUCAUGUGGGCACGUUCCUUACCUUUGGAAGCUGCAGCGAGACUCCUCACGAAAAUGGGUCAACUCGAAAGCACAGUCAACUUUGCUUGCGAAGCGGGGCAAUUCCAGUUCGCUCUCGAUAUUUGUCGCGUCACUGAAAAACCCGCCGACGAAGUUCACUUAAAAAUCGCCAUGGUUCUCGAAGACGAAGGCAAAUUCCACGAAGCUGAAGAAGAAUUUUUACUCGCCAACAAACCGCGAGAAGCAAUUAUGAUGCACACUCAUUCAGGAGAUUGGAAAUCCGCCAUUCGCAUCGCAGAAAAAUUCAUCCCCGAAGCAGUGACGGAAAUUCUGAUGAGUCAAGCGAAUGCCGCGUUGGAAAGUCGAAAUUAUCCCGAAUACGAGGCUUUGUUGAUUCGAGCUGAACGCCCUGAAAUCAUCAUUCAACAUUACAAAGAGUACGGAAUGUGGAGUGAUGCGAUGCGUGUGGCUCGUGAAUAUAUGCCCGCCGCCGUCUCGGAGCUGCAAAAACUUCAAGCGCGUUCAAGUCAUGCUUCGACGAACGAUUCUCGAUAUUUGCUUCAACAGGCGUCGGAUUAUGCGAGAAAUGAAGAAUUUAAAAAAGCAGCUGAAAGUUUGCUUCAAAUCACGACGCAGAAUUCCGACGAUGGAACAGUUGAACGAGCUUUGAUGAGAGCAGCGGAAAUUUGUAACCAAUUUCUCGAAGGAGACGAUGCGCAAGAAAUCGCUCAUGAACUUGGACCUCGACUCAUGGCAAUUAAUCAAAUAGGACCCGCAGCGCAACUUUAUUUGGCGGCAGAAUUACCGAAAGAGGCAGUUGAUGUCUUUAUUCGCACGGAAAAUUGGAACAAAGCGAGGCGAUUGGCGAAGGAAAUUGACUCGGGACUUGUUGCGUAUGUCGAACAGCAGCAAAAAUCACGUUUGAGGAAUGAGGGAAAUGUUGAGCAAUUGGCUGAUAUUGAUCUCAUGGGCGCUUUGGAUUUAUUGGCAGAAGAAGGUCAAUGGACUCGUUGUAUUGAAAAAGCGAAGCAACAUAGCGGAGCUGUCCUUCAAAAGUACUUAGCUCUUUACGCUGCUCAACUCGUACGUGAUCACGAUUGCACUGCUGCCCUAAAACUCUACUUAAUUCACGGAUCUCCCGCCUUGAAGCAAAAUUACAACAUUUACAACCGAAUUGCCUUGGAAUGUUUCACUUUGCGUGAACCCGAAGGCGCUACAAUAUGGAAAGACCUUCGAACUUUCCUUCUACAAGUCGUCACGUCACUCAAAAACAACGAAUCCAACGACACCGAGGCUCUCGAUCGCUUCGAACAACUUCUCCUGAUCUCUCAUUAUUACGCAACGCGAACAGCCUGCCGUCAAAUUUCCGCCUUGCAUGGAAUCGCAGUUCGAAUUUCCGUUGCUUUGCUUCGUUACACAGACAUCAUCCCCGUUGACAAGGGAUUUUUCGAGGCAGGCAUGGAUUUGCGUUCAAUUCAUCGCGAAUCCGAAGCUUUUGUCCUGUUGAAUCAUUAUCUCGACGUUUGUGAUGCAAUUGAGGAAGGUUCGGGCAAUUUAGUGGAUCAUUCUGACCUUGCAGCGACAGAUUUUCCGAGUUCUGUGCCAAUUCCGGCGGAGUUGCAUCUGAAAAAUGAGGAAAAAUUGCACGAGGAGGUUCGAGAAUGGAUCUUGGCGGUCAGUAUGGAUCAGAAAAUCGAUCAAACGCUCCCCACGGACGACCGAAAUUUGUAUGAAUCGAGUUUGGGAUUGUCUGAUAUGCCUUGCAUCGUGUCAGGAUACCCGAUUAUGGGACGUACGCCGGUUAUUUUUCAACGAUCUCAUCGUUUGGCGAAUAGGGAGGCAUGGAGUAAGCUCACAGUAGCAGCAAAAAUGUCACCAAACAGCGAAAUUACGGAUUGCAUUCAAUUUAUCGAGAAAUGGUGUGGCCCGGCAAAUUUUAUUUCGAUGUAAAAG